AAGAAGAAGAUCAGCUCUAGGUUAGCUAGCAAGCUAGCAUCUACAAAGUGCACGGUUAGACAGUCGUGAGCAUCAGCAUGCUUUUACAGACGGCCAGGCCGUGGUUGCUGCGUUGCAGGAGUCUACCUGCGGCGUGCACCAGGUCUUACUACGCCGAAAAAGUAGCUCGACUCGGGUCUCAGCCGGAUAAACAGUCUUCUGAAUACCAGGAGAAUUAUGAGCGGAUGCAGGUUAUCGUUGAUGAACUGAAAAGCCGGACAGAGAAAGUUAAAUUGGGUGGGGGAGAAAAAGCCAGAAGACUUCACACUUCUCGCGGGAAACUUUUGCCAAGGGAGCGUAUAGACAGACUGCUGGAUCCAGGGACCCCUUUCUUGGAGUUCUCUCAGUUUGCUGCAUAUGAAUUGUACGGGAAAGAGGUCGUCCCAGCAGGCGGUAUCCUUACUGGGAUCGGCCGGGUUUCAGGAGUGGAAUGUGUUAUUGUUGCAAACGAUGCUACUGUCAAAGGUGGCACAUACUUCCCGGUUACAGUGAAGAAACACCUUCGUGCGCAAGAAAUAGCCCAGCAGAACAACCUGCCGUGCAUUUACUUAGUGGAUUCUGGCGGGGCCAAUCUUCCCAGACAGGCCGAAGUCUUUCCAGACAGAGAUCACUUUGGACGUAUUUUCUACAACCAGGCCCGGCUGUCCUCAGAGGGAAUAGCACAGAUUGCGGUCGUGAUGGGCUCCUGCACUGCUGGAGGAGCGUAUGUACCCGCCAUGGCAGAUGAGAGCAUCAUUGUGCGGAAACAAGGAACCAUUUUCCUGGGAGGACCUCCACUGGUCAAAGCUGCCACCGGGGAAGAAGUUUCUGCAGAGGACCUCGGUGGUGCUGAUCUUCACUGCAAAAAAUCUGGCGUGACAGACCACUAUGCUUUGGACGAUAACCAUGCCAUCCAUUUAGCAAGAAAGGCGGUGAGAAACCUCAACUACAGGAAAAAUAUUGAGGUCACCACAGAACCCACUGAAGCCCCUCUCUUCCCAGCAGAUGAACUCUAUGGCAUCGUUGGAGCUAACUUGAAACGCAACUUUGAUGUCAGAGAGGUCAUCGCCAGAAUUGUAGACGGCAGCAAAUUUGAUGAGUUCAAGGCUUUCUAUGGAGACACGCUCAUCGUAGGAUUUUCAAGAAUAUUUGGUUACCCCGUCGGAAUCAUCGGCAACAACGGAGUCUUGUUCUCAGAGUCUGCGAAAAAGGGAACGCAUUUUAUCGAACUAUGCUGCCAGCGAAACAUUCCACUUAUUUUCCUCCAAAACAUAACAGGCUUUAUGGUGGGUCGGGAGUACGAGGCAGGCGGAAUCGCCAAGGACGGAGCCAAGAUGGUGACCGCCGUCGCUUGCGCCAAUGUUCCCAAGAUCACCGUUAUCAUCGGCGGCUCCUACGGCGCGGGGAACUACGGCAUGUGCGGCAGAGCCUACAGCCCUCGGUUCCUGUACAUGUGGCCCAAUUCCCGGAUCUCCGUGAUGGGCGGCGAGCAGGCGGCUACCGUCCUGGCCACCAUCACCAAGGAUCAAAGGGCACGCGAGGGAAAGGAGUUCACAGCAGAGCAGGAGGCUGCCAUGAAGAAACCAAUAGUGGAGCGGUUUGAAGAGGAAGGCAGUCCAUACUUCUCCAGUGCAAGACUCUGGGAUGACGGCAUUAUCGAUCCCGCCGACACUCGUCUGAUUCUGGGUCUGAGCCUCAGCGCAGCACUGAAUGCCCCGACGAAGAAGACUCGCUUCGGGGUGUUCAGGAUGUAAUGCUGGCGUAGCUUUUGCAGGUGUGGACCUCAGACGUGAACUGUACUUACACUAGUCUUUUUUUGUAGUUAUAGCUGUGAGAUGUCACCAGAUUAAGAGCAACAAACAGGAAUAAAAAAAAUCCCACACCCUCGGAUCAAUGGGGAUGUGAUCGGAUGGUGUGUUGUUGUUGUUGUGGGAUAUUUCCACCAAUAAGUUGUGCCUUAACUGUUACUGUUCCAGUGUAAAUGCAAACUGUACACCCCUUCACCCCGUACUUGGAAUGAGUUUUUUAAUCGUAUACUGUAAAUGAUGAAUUAUAAAAUAAGGAUAACAUACAAGUUGCUGUCUUUUUAUUUAUUACUCAGUUACUGCUUCUGAAAGAGGAAUACCAGAAGAAAAACCAACCUGCUUAAGGGGGCGCUGUUUAUCUAUAAAUAUUUCACUGGCCACAGUCUAGCGGGAUGGCAGAAGCACACUCUAAAUGCCUUUUUUUAGAUAACAGCGUUGUUGUAUUGAUAGAGGAGCUGUUUUGAUGGAAAUAAUAAAAUAACACUGAAGAUGUCCAAGCUUGGUGCAAUUAUCUGUGUGUGCACACUUGAGGCGCUGGGGUUUUUAAUUAUGCUUUCUGAGCCAGCCUUAUGUCUGCUUUAAUGUUUUUUGUUUUUUUUAUCAGAAACAUAGCAUUACGGCAAGAUGUAGUCGUAUAGAUGGCAUGCUGCAGACUGAGUGUGCUGUGUGCUGAAGCUGAGCCACAGAGGAAGAGCGCUUAACUUUACCAGCUGGCCACCCUGUCCUCCUCCUCUUUCUCCUCCUCAUCCCUCUAUCUAUUUAACUGAACAUGCUCCACACAGUUGGUAUGCUCACAUAUUUAUAUAGAGCAUCUGAGCUCACUUUGGCAACAAGU